AUGAAUUUCACGACACUGUUUAGGAGGUUGAAUAUCAGAGAGUUGGUAUCAAACACACCUGUAUACAGUUAUGGUAGCGAUGCAUAUGGGGAGGGAUUGAGAUUAGUACUCCGGCGUUGGGCUACCAAAAAGACAGUAGGAUCCACAAAAAAUGGACGUGACUCAAAGCCCAAGAAUCUUGGAGUAAAGAAAUUCGGUGGAGAGAUGGUGAUCCCGGGAAAUAUCAUUGUUCGCCAAAGAGGAACCCGAUUUCAUCCAGGGGAUUAUGUUGGAAUUGGUAAAGAUCUCACCCUUUAUGCUUUAAAAGAAGGGUGUGUCAAGUUUGAGCGUAACAAGCUGACUGGACGUAAGUGGGUGCAUGUUGAGCCCAAAGAUGGUCAUGUUCUUCACCCAAUAUAUUCGACUGCUGCAGAUCCUGAGCUGAAGACUGCUACUUAG